AUGAACUUUCCUAAUGAGCCUAAAUUCCAAAUUGAAGUUGAUGAAAGGGAAGAUACUGAAUGGAAUGAUAUUUUAAGGCAGCGUGGCAUAAUUCCAGAAAGGCCACCAUCUCCCUCAGCGCAGCUGGAGGAAGCUCUUGAAGAAGCCAUUCAAAAGCAACAUAAGAAUCGUUUAGAGGAUAAGAGCUUAUCCGAUUUAGAGGAACUUGAAGAUGACGAAGAUCAAGAAUUUUUAGAAUAUUAUAAGAGGAAACGUAUGGCAGAAUUACGCCAACAGCAGGUGAAGGCUAAAUUCGGUGAGGUUUUCCAUGUCGAUAAACCAGAGUAUAACAAGGAAAUCACAGAAUGCAGCAAUUCUAGUAUUACUAAGGGAACGUGCUCAGAUAGUAUUGACAAUGAAGAUAGUGAAUCUGAGGGAGUAUAUGUUUUUGUGCAUUUAAAGUCAGAAGGAAAAUUACAAAGCAGGCUACUAUCUUCACUGUUCCAACAAGUUGCUCCUAAGUUCCCUCAAAUAAAGUUUGUAGAGAUUCUUGCCAAUAGGGCGAUAGAAAAUUAUCCAGAAGCUAAUACGCCCACUUUAUUGGUAUACUACAAGGGCGAUGUUAUCAAAAAUAUUGUUACUUUAGUGGAACUAGGGGGGAAUAGCACCACUUUGGGUGAUCUGGAGAAACUAAUGGUGAGCCUUGGCGCUGUGGACAAUAAGGAUUCGAGAUUACUUAUGAAUGAGGAUGAUGAAGAUGCUAGAGGCGAGCGGCAUUUUAGGUAUACAAACAAUAGCACCAUUAGGUCUGGAGUUGCUGACAAAUUCCGUGUAGGAUUAGGCAAUGCUAAUGGCGACAAUGAUGAUUUCUUUGAUUGA